CUGAAAACUGAAUUUAUUACAUGUAUGUAAUAAUCGAUUUGCAAUAUACGCUUGCUGUUAAACAAAAGUUAGAUAAUGUCUGGACGUGGCAAUUUGUUGUCCUUAUUUCAUAAAAAGACGGAGACAUCGAACGGUUCUUCAUCUAGUGGAGAGCAUGCCAAGGAUAGUGGCUUAGAUGCUACCCAGUCGGUUUCAAGUGGAGAAUACCGACGCAUUGCCAGGGAUGAUAUUGCAAGUGAGCUUGCAUCAACUAUUCAAAAUGUCAGCAUUUCAAUUGGACGUGGACGUGCAAAUUUGCUGCAAUCCUUUAAAAAUGAAUCCCAACAAUUAAGGAACGAAAAAAAAACAUCGACUUUUUCAACACUCGUAGAUGAUAUAAAUUCUCCUGGACAAAAAAAAGAAUUGGUUCAGGCAAAAAAUUCAGCUUUUACUUGUGAUAGAUCUGAAAUCAAAACAAACAAUUCUAUGGAUGACACAAUUUACGGCACUAAAGGUUCGCCGGUUAAUUUGUCAUGUAAUUAUAUAGGAGUAAAGUCUGACCCUAAGAAAGGAGUUUAUCUUUAUGAAGUACGAUUCAAUCCUCCUGUUGAUUCCAUUCAUUUAAGAAUGAAGUAUUUAAAUGAACACAAAAACCAAUUUGGAGGAGCUAAAACCUUUGAUGGAUCCAUCCUGUACUUACCGAUUUUAUUAGAAAGGGAAUUGACAACUUUUGUUUCCAAAAAUGUUGAUAAUAAGGAUAUUGAAAUAAGACUUCUGUUUAAAAAAAAAGAGUCCCUUAAAAAUUGUAUACAAUUGUACAAUAUAUUAUUUGACCGCGUCAUGAAAACUUUAAAUUAUGUUAAAUUUGAUCGAAAGCAUUUUGAUCCCUCACGACCAAAAGUUAUUCCCAUGGCGAAGUUAGAAGUUUGGCCGGGUUAUGUUAUUGCUGUCGAUGAAUUCGACGGUGGUUUAAUGCUGUGCUGCGAUGUAUCACAUCGUUUACUAUGUCAAAAAACAGUGUUGGAUAUGCUAAUAGAGAUUUAUCAACACAACAAGAUGAAUUACCAAGACAAAGCAAAAAAAUAUUUAGUUGGAAGCAUAGUUUUAACUCGAUAUAAUAAUCGGAUGUAUAGAAUUGAUGAUAUAUGCUUUUCCCAAAAUCCACAUUCAGAAUUUGAAACAAGAACGGGAUCUCUUAGCUACGUUGAAUACUACAAAAACCACCAUAAUAUUUACAUUAAAGACGACAAGCAACCAUUACUUAUAAGCUUAAAACAAAUAAGGAAAGAGAAAACUGUCAAUACAGAAAACAUACAGUUUUGCUUAAUCCCUGAACUUUGUUACCUUACCGGCCUACAAGAUGAAAUUCGGUCGGACAAAAAACUAAUGCGUGAAAUAGCAACUUUCACUAGUGUUACUCCAAAUCAGCGUAUUCUAGCUCUUGAUAAAUAUUUUAAAAAUGUAUCUGAAAACGACGAAGCGAAAGAAAUCCUCGAAAACUGGGGCUUAUCGCUCUUUAAAAAUUAUCAUAAUGCAAUUGGUCGCAAAAUGGAUCCAGAGCAAAUAUUUUUUGCUAACCAAUGCAUUUCAGCUGGUCAUAAGGCAGACUUUUCAAAAGAUGCCAUAAGCAAUGAAAUGCUAGAAGUUAAACAUAUAAAAAGUUGGAUCGUUAUUCACCAAAAAACUGAUGUCCGAUCGGCAAAAAUGUUUUUAGCUAACGUAGAACGAUGCUGCGAAGCUUUUGGAAUGAGCAUAUGUAAGCCAACUAUAAUUACAUUAGAACAAGAUAGAGUGGAUACAUAUGUUGAUGCUUUACGACGAAACAUUAGUACUCAAACCCAAAUAGUCGUUUGUAUAUGUCCGAAUAUCAGAGAUGACAGAUAUAGUGCUAUAAAGAAAAUUUGCUGCUCGGAGCUACCGGUCGCAUCACAGGUAAUAAAUUCAAGGACGUUAUCCAACGAAACGAAAAAUCGUUCCAUUGUCCAAAAGAUUAUUUUGCAAAUGAAUUGCAAAAUAGGAGGAUCAUUGUGGACUGUAAAAAUUCCCUUUAAAAAUGUAAUGAUCUGUGGAAUCGACUCAUAUCAUGAUCCUCGUCAAAAGGGAAGCUCUGUAGCUGCAUUAGUAGCUUCGCUAAACUCAUCUUAUACGCAUUGGUACAGUAAAGCUGUUAUACAAACUAAAAAGGAAGAGAUUGUUAAUGGACUUACCUCGUCUUUUGAAGCUGCACUAGAAUGCUAUAAGACACGAAAUGGUUACUUCCCUGAUAAUGUUAUAAUUUACAGAGAUGGGGUUGGCGAUGGUCAGUUGAAUGUAUGUGCCAAGUACGAAAUUCCGCAGUUUGAAGUGUGUAAUAAGAGUAUUAAAAUUACCUUUAUAAUAGUUCAAAAGCGUAAUAAUACUCGAUUCUUUUCGGAAAGUAACAACAAUUUCGAAAAUCCUUUACCGGGGACGGUGGUUGAUAAAUAUAUUACAAGAACGCAUAUGUAUGAUUUCUUUUUGGUUUCACAAAUGGUUCGACAGGGUUCCGUCAGUCCAACACAUUUCAUUGUCUUACGCGAUGAUGCAAAUUAUGGUCCUGAUAUCAUACAAAAAUUAUCUUAUAAGUUAUGCUUUCUGUAUUAUAACUGGCCUGGAACUGUACGGAUUCCUGCAUGUUGUAUGUACGCUCAUAAGAUGGCUUACUUAAUUGGUCAAAGCAUUCAACGCGAUACUGCCAGUAACUUAUCGGAAAAGCUCUUUUAUUUGUAAAAAGUGUUUAUUAAAAUUAAAGUAUAAUUAUAAACAUUUUGUGAAACAAAUUCGAUAAUUAUACCGCAAGCAAUGAAGAGCGCAGUUAUAUUA